AUGUCUCCCGCGAGUAUCGCAGCUAGCAGUACGCUCAAAGCGGAUAUUACAGCGAUGCAAAAUGGUGAUAGGACCCAGGGUGAUACUCAGGGGAACCUGGCAAGGAGCCGCAAAAGCCAAAUGAAAGAUGAAUCAGUUAUCAUGCCUAAUCAGCUGCACAGGCAGGAUAAAAGUAGGGACCCAAGGGAAGCAUGCGGCCGCCACAGCAUCACUAGUACAUUUGAUUCCGAGGACGAGGAAUGCUACGAGGACACGAUUGAUUUCAUACGUCGUUCUAAACAAAGAUGUUCAUCUGUCGAUGGACCUCGACCCUAUUUAACAGUAUCCGGAGAUGACCCUCAGGGCUCCAAUGAUCGAUCCAGCCCACGGGUCCACUUUCGUUCUCGUGUACGCAUAACUGCUGGCAUGCGUCGCAGGCGGCUUUCUGAUGGCCUGCCGUCGGGUGCUUCGUCGAUAUCAGGUUCACCUUGUUCAUCUAUUUCCGCACCAUUGCGCUCUGCGAACGCUGCAAGUUCAAAAGGAUGGGGUCCACUAGAGCCAUCAUCGCCUACUGGUCGGCGGAGAACACGACACAGCAGCAAUCCACCAGAACCAUAUCACAGUCCUGUGAACGAACACACGCCACUCUUACGACCCCCUUGCAGGUACUCGUACGUAAGGGGAUAUGACGAAGAUCGUAUGGUGGACGAGGACGUGGAGAGGCAGCGAGGACGUGUGAUAGAUGACACUUUCGGCAAGUGGCCCGGGAGACUGCUAAACCGCCACUGGUGGUGGUGGCAAUUUGAAUCACUUGUUUGCUGCCUCUGCAUUGAUUGCUCUGACGACGAAUAA